AUGCGUGUUCCCAUGUCGAGACAUGGUGCAGGACGGCCACACAAGAGGGCAUUGGAAACUUUGGUGACGAAGUCACCAGAGAGGUCUGCUGGGAUUGAGCUUCCCAAUCAAGGGCAGACUCCUCAUGGCACUACGGGUGUGUCAGCCUCUCAGAUUCUGACGGUUCCUUCUCCAAAGGUACCUACCUUGAUCGUACCCGUCGGACCCACCCCUACAGUAUUCACUGUACCACCGGCGGUACCACCUGCAGCAUACCCAACCCCUCCACCAAUAGUGUAUGCUGCUGCGUACCCGACACCUCCUCCAGCCGCACCUACAGAGUACCCAGCACCACCGCCACCUGUGCCUGCUACUACAUACCCGGCACCCGCACCAGCAGUACCAGUUGCUCCAUAUCCGGUACCACCACCUAUCGUACCUCCAGCCACUCCAACCUAUAUUGACUCUGCAGUGCCACCAGUGGUAUCUGCCCCAGCUUAUGCAGCACCAGGGGUACCUUCCUCGGCCUAUCCAGCGGUACCACCCAUAGCACUAACUCUAGUGGUUCUGCCAAUUCUUGUGUCAAUCCUUUCUCACCCUACUGAUAUGAUUGCGACACAAACUCAGAUCCCAGCUUUGGCAGAGUCAGUGAAAAGUUGA